AUGGCUCCGUUAGAAGCUUCUGGCGCAGUGGGUGAGGGGCAAACUGAUGAUCUACGGCUUGCUGCUGACUACUUGGUAUGGUUAUCCAUCCAACAUCAUAUCAAGUUACUCAAUCAAAUAACACCCCCUCAAUCUUGCGUCCAACUGGCUCGUGACCCCGCCCCUCUCUCACCCUUCUUGCUUCCGGAGCUGUCAUUCGAACUUGCCCGCAAGCCAAGGAUCAUUGUCGAAGGGGGAGGGAGAAUCGCGGCUGACGAGCCUGGCGCAAGGGGGGCAUAA